AGUACAAAAUCAGCUCUCGUCACGUACAGAACGAAAAGUGUAUUCACAGUGAAGUCAUAACGGUUCGUGGUCGUCGUUGUCGCCGUUUGAGAGUAUGUUUAUGUGUAUGGUGAAUGUAUUGCCGGUAAAACGAAGCGCAGUUCGUGGUGUAUUAUUAGAAGGAAGUGUGUAACGAAACGAAACGAGUAAUAGACGACGCGUUGAUGCGAGUACCGGAAUCGGAAAUAAAGUGUAGUGUAAAGUGUAUUGUAGGCUAUAAAGAAUAAUCAAAGUAACAACCACCCACCGUCGAGGGAGGGUGAGUUCGUGCGUUUCAUUCAGUUGUGGUGCCAAAGGAAGGAAGUGUGGUGAAUUUUGAAAUAUAUCAAAAGCUAUACAAUACACAGGCAACGCAUAACACCUCGCGUGAUAGUUAAUAGUGGCGUAGCGUGUCGUGUAAGUGAUUCGGCAGCCGAUUGCUGCUUGUACUAAGCCGAAAAAUAGUUGGUUAGCUGCUGCCUAGGCUACUAGGCAAACUGGUCCAUGCGUGCAGAUAAUUAGCAAACGCUGGCACGUUCGCAACGUCAGAAGAACGUCAGCAGCUGACCGUGUUGGACCACUAACACGGCAGCUCCAACGACCCCACUGUGGGUAGUCCAAAUCAAAGUCGUUACCAAAGGAAAGUGUUUUGUGUGAACAAAAGAUUUUUUUAAUAAAAAUAUUGGCAAAUGUUGUUAUUGUUGUGCGUGUGAAGUAAGCACAUAAAUAGGCGUCAGAACGCCUGUCAGUUCUUUUUGCGUCUUCUUUUUUGAACGUAUUUUACGUACUCGCGCCUUGCCUUUGCCACCGCCAAUCCGUCCACAUAACGGACAGCUGUUGCGCUUGUUCGUGUGUGGCUCUUGGCUCUUUUGGUAUUCCACGUCGUCAACGGCUGAUGGCCGUCUGGUCGCGAGGCUAGAUCAGCGACACGGUAGACAGUGUGACGCCGAGACCCAGCUAGCGCUUGCAGUGUCUUAACGAAUGCUAUUUUUGGACUUGACUGUGUGUUGCGGGAGCGUAUAGUUUAUGAAAGACGUACACACAUCCAUAUAUUUGUACAUACUUUAAGUACGCGAAAGGAAGAGCGUCUGGUGGCGUGUCUCGAAAAUUAAUCACCAAACAACGCGCGCGUGGGCUACGACUGAUAAGCGACGUGUGUUAAGUCAAUCACAAAAGUGAUAUUUCAUUGUAAAACGAAAAGAAGGAGGGCAAAUACGACACGCGCGCUGAUGGAAAAUUCGCACUGAGCUCGCCACCUUCAGUCUAGCUAAAAAACUCCCGCAGUACUUAGGCUUCUACAGCACGAACACGUCUAUGCAAAUUGGUUGUGGUGCGCGAAUUUUUUGUUGUGGCCUGCAAAUUCAGUCGCAAACGUAGAGGUGCGAAUAAAAGCCAGGUCGAGCUCAUAGACACCAGACAUUUUUUGCGUUUCUUUUCAGCGCGCAUUAAGUGCAACUUUGUGUUAAGUGCAACGGCUUGUAGUGCAUUCCAGCGCUUGUACUCUUUUUCGUGUCACGAUUUUUUUUACACUCUAUUUUCUGCGGUAGACGCCGGUUCCGCACGCCGCAAAAUCCCAAUGGGCAAUUAACGUGCAAACGUGUUGUCAUUUAAUUAAAAAUUAAAAAUUCUACUAGAAUACAAAUUAGCCGGAGGAUCGGUCGGUCGUCUGUACGUACGGGUAGGUCCGCAAUUGCAUGCAGCACGUGCUGUGGUUGAAGAGUGGACCCGCGCUUGAAGCAGAGUGUUGAAGGCAAAUAGCAAAAAAAAAAUAAAAUUGCGAAAAAAUAAUAAAAAACACAACAAAAACAACACGACAUCGUAGAAUAUUGCUAAUAGGAAGUAUUGCAAGUGUUAAUCGGUCGCGUGUGACUUGAAUACUUGAAACGCGCACAACUCGUACGUUUGCAUGCAACGCAACUGAGCAGAGCUAAAUUGCUAAAAAUUAUAAGCAGAAAACAUUGAGUAAUGUGUACGCGCGCAAACAUGACAACCACUAAGACCGCAGUCUCACACAAUAACAAUAAAGAUAAUAACAAAGCCUGCCAUAGACGCUUCAGCGUCUUGCACAACAUGCCAGCUGUCAUCUGCUUUUGCAUUUGUAUGCUCAGCUAUGCGCUGAAACCCAUCAGCAGUGUUGCUGCCGCUGGCGCCUCCUCCUCUGCGCAUUCCGACAGCGACCCUUGCUACUUCGAGGACAAACCGCGCAAGUGUUUGCCCAGUUUCGUGAAUGCGGCCUACGGUAAUCCCGUGCAGGCGUCCAGUGUUUGUGGUGCAAGUCGACCGGAGCACUUCUGCGAAAUCAAUCGCGAUGGCACGCUCAGCGAGUGCAACGUGUGCGACAAUAGCCGUGCCGAAACGCGUUUUCCCGCUAGCGCCUUAACUGAUUUGAAUAAUCCCAACAAUGUGACUUGUUGGCGGUCGGCGAGUGUGCCAGUGCCGGCCGAUGUGGAUAUUGCGCCACCGGAUAAUGUAACGCUCACACUGUCGUUGGGCAAGAAAUAUGAAUUGACCUAUGUAACUUUGUCAUUCUGCCCGAAAUCGCCACGUCCCGACUCAUUGGCCAUAUAUAAGAGUUCUGAUUUCGGUCAGACCUGGCAACCCUUUCAGUUCUAUAGCUCACAAUGUCUGAAAUUUUAUGGACGACCGGAUCGCGCUAAAAUCAGCAAGUUCAAUGAGCAGGAAGCACGUUGCAUAGACUCACAUCGCGAUGGCAGCACAAAUCGUUUCGCAUUCAAUACACUCGAAGGUCGUCCCUCGGCCAAUGACCUGGAUGCAUCGCUUGUACUGCAGGAUUGGGUUACCGCCACCGAUAUACGUGUUGUAUUCCAUCGGCUCGAGUUGCCACGAGAACUGGCAGCGGCGCAGGCAAAGGAUGCUGCCAAACCAGACGCGAAUAGUUUUAGCGAUGAGAUGGGCAGUAGUCAGGAGGACGAAGACGACGAAGAUGAGGAGUAUGAUUAUAAUCUGCAAGGCAACGAUAGCACAUAUGAAGAUGAAGAAUAUGCUGCCGAACCAAAAAAGCAUUUGGAGUUGGACGAUGAUAAUUUAGAUUUGGACUAUCCAAACGAUGGCGGUAUCAGCAUCGUGCCAGAGGUCAAACGUUAUAACAUUAAACCAAAGCUGACCGCCUAUGAGAAACAUUACCAAGCCAAAACAGCGCUUGCUGCAGCUGCGGUCGCGAGCACCACAAAAGCGGACACCGCAACAUUGGACAAACAUGCGGUCGCCAGUGAUGGCAAAGUAGCGCCUAAGCCUACUACCAAGGAUCUAUUGUCUAUUUCACAACAUUAUGCCGUCUCGGAUUUUGCAGUUGGUGGACGCUGCAAGUGCAAUGGUCAUGCCUCCGAAUGUAUAGCCACAGUGGGACCCAAUGAUGCGCUACCACGCAUGUAUAAUGCUGGCGAUGACUUCGAUGGCACUGGUGCUGCGCACACUAAUGGCAAUCACAACAACAUCAACAACAAUAAUAACAACGCCAAUGUGAAUGUCAAGUUGACAAUGACGUGCGCAUGCAAGCACAACACAGCCGGACCGGAAUGUGAACGUUGUAAGCCAUUCUACUUCGAUCGUCCAUGGGGACGUGCAACGGACACCGACGCCAAUGAAUGCAAAAUGUGCCAAUGCAAUGGACAUGCUCGACGCUGCCGUUUCAACUUGGAAUUAUACAAACUGUCAGGCCGCAUUUCGGGCGGUGUUUGCUACAACUGUCAACAUGACACAACCGGUCGUUAUUGCCACUAUUGCCGCGAGGGUUUUUACAGAGAUGCCACGAAGGCUUUGAAUAAUCGCAAAGUAUGCAAACGCUGCGACUGUCAUCCUGUUGGCUCUACCGGCAAAACUUGCAAUCACCUCAGCGGUCAGUGUCCCUGCAAAGAGGGCGUGACCGGUUUGACGUGUAAUCGUUGUGCGCGCGGUUAUCAGCAGACACGUUCACAUGUAGCACCCUGUAUAAAAUUACCGUCCAAAGCGAAUAUGAUACAAGCGGAGAGUGCGGUUAGCGAGUACCGAGAACCCGCUGGACCCGAUGACGAAAUGAAAAAAUAUUGCGGCAAAUGCAAGGCCAGCCCGAAAAAACUCAAUUUGAAUAAAUUCUGCAUGGAGGAUUACGCCAUUUUAGCAAAAGUCAUUGGGCAUGACCGCGCUUCGCAGGACAUCAAUACGGAGAAAUUUUCGAUUGAACGACAAAAUGAAAUUUUCAAAUACGAAAUAAAUAUACAGACGAUUUUCAAGCGCAACCCUUUGCAGGGCACAACGAGUUCGCUGCUGGGUAGGGGGCAUAUGAUGUGGCUGGUGCCGCGCAAGAGCCUCGAAUGCCAGUGCCCCAAAAUCAAGUUGAACAAAUCAUAUCUAAUACUUGGACGUGAUUCGGAGGCCGCACCCGGCUACUUGGCCAUCGGACCCAGUUCGGUGGUGCUCGAAUGGAAGGACGAAUGGUCGUUGCGCAUGAAACGUUUCCAGCGGCGAGCGCGUAAAUGUAGUUGAAUCGAACCGGAAACGGAAUAUGUCAGAACGGAUUUCAAUUUCGUACAUUUGGACCGAUAUCGUUUCUUGUAUAAAUUGUACAGUUUACUCAAAUUUUUGACAUUCUUCGGUAUUAUGCUAUAAACAAAGAACAACUAACAAAGUAAACAAGUAACAAAGAACGUAAGAUACAUACAUACAAACAUAUAAUAACGUAAAAAAAAAAACAAAAACAACAACUAUAACAAAAUUUAAAUGAAUAUAAUACAUAUAAACACAAACAAAAUCAUAAUUAUGCAGAAAACUGGAAAAUAGUACUCAAACACACAUAUACACAUACAUAUAUGAAUGGGUUAUAAAGAAAGUAUUAGCAAAAUGUGAAGCGAGAAUUCAUUUAAUGGAAAUAUAGCGAAAAAAAUCGACUUAAUAAAUAUGACUUUAAUGAUUUAUAAACCUGAUUAAGCAGCCCACGUAGACACACACAUACAUAUAUGUAAAAUAUUUUUAUACCCUGAACAGAGUAUAUUAAGUUGGCCACGAAGUUUGUAACACCCAGAAAAAGGUGUCGUCAGUUGAGACAUCGGUCUGAAAUUUUGCACACUAUCUUGUUUCAAAAAUCAGCUGCCCCUUGUUGCAACUGCCGAUAUCAGACCACUAUAGCAUAUAGCUCUCAUACAAAUUAAACAAUCAAAACCAAGCUCUUGUAUAGAAAACUUUUUUAUCUGACGAAAUAUCUUCUCCAAAUUUGCCACGGCUUAUUGCUUAAGGCAACGGUAUAAUAUCCGAAAAAAAUGUUCAGAUCGGAUCAUUAUAGCAUGUAGCUGCUAUACAAACUGGCCGCUCAAAGUCUUGAUUUUGUAUGGCAUCUUUUGUAUAUGUGAAGGGUAUUACGCUUUGUGCAACCGAAGUGAACGCUUUUUCUGGUUUAUAUUAAAUUUAAAUAUUUUUUAAAACUCUAGCAGCACAGUUUUGCAUAAAUCAGCAGUUCUGAUUGCUUUUCUGUUCCCUUUCAUCGCAUUUAAUUUUUGCUAACUAUUUUAUUGUAUUUUUAUUUUAAUUUUGUAUGGCAACUGCUGAUAAAUUAUAAUACUUUUUUUUGCAUUCUCGUAUUUUUUUUCAAUCGCUUAAUUGUGAUUGAUUUGUUUAUUUGUCACUGCGCUCGCCAGCCACUCGCGCGCGUUUUUAAUGAGUUCGCUUAAUUAAGCAAAUAAUCUUUGUGAUUGCGGCAGUUAAUUUAAAAGCAUAUUAUGCAAUCAGUAUUUGCAUACUAGCACAGGUGUGUGUGUGUGUGUGUGUGUUUGCGCUUGAUAACCGUGCAUAGUUAUUGGUUAGUUCUACUCUGGUUUUUUCUUCUUUUGUUUUUGUAAUUUAUACAUAUUCAUUUGAGCGUUAAUUUUGCGCGUUUCACUUGAGCACCGUGUCAGCUUGACAAAGUAGCUGCUGUUUAAGCGAUUUAAAUAUUUAAUUGCGUGGAUAACAAGGUGUAAAAGUGUGGCUAAUCAAAUCAGCCAGUAUUUCGAAUUAAUUUUUUAAUAUCGUGUAGUCAUUCGUUGCAAUAGUAGAGCAAGAUAGUGGUAACAUUCAAAAUCUGUUGAAGAAAUUAUUACAGUUAUUAAUUUUCAUUAAAGGUACAUGCUCUUAACGUCAGACAUGUCAAAUAUUAACGUGGUUGUAAUUUGAGGUUUAAAAAAAAUAUUAUUUUAGAAUAGUUUGCGAUUUUACAAUAUUUUAGAUAGUAGUUGGAUCAAACUAUCAGCAUAAAACGGUAUUUUUGCUAUAUUAUUAUUUUUUAAUUUUGGGACUUGAUGUAUUCGAAAAAAUGGGAAAAACGCUCCCAAAAAAAAAAUUAUGUUAACAACGAAACUUUACAUGAACCAUUCGAAAAUCAAGAUCAUUUUGAAGUUAAAUUUUUCACAUUCAAAGUCGUUGAGAGAUCGCUAUAGGGGCAAAUGUAGCAAAGUUAAUGUUCUUAAACAAAAAAAAAAAAACAGAAAUUUUACUCGACAAACUAUAAAAAGCGGAUUAAUUUCAUAUUAUAGGCUCUGAAUCAGCUGCUGUAAAUUUCAUGUGUUGUUCUUUUGGUCCAAAACUAUUUCUAAGGCUACUUUCGAAAAAAAAUAUUUAGCCACCUUAAAACCAUAUAAAAACAGCUCUCAGUGGCUAGUGCUGGUUGUGGCUUUUGCGUCUUCGGAUUUUGAAACAAUUUCCUACCACUAAGAAGAGAAUCUACACAAUUUAGUAGUCUUAUUCGUUUGUUUGACGAAUUUUUAUGGAGUGAUUUUUUUAAGAGUAACAAAACACUACUGACAUUUUAUACAAAAAGGUUGGCAGAAAAAUUAAAAAAAUGCCUAGAAAAUGUUUAAAGCAAAUCAAAACUCAUAAAAGAAUAAUUAUAAUAAAAUUGAUAGGGUAUUUAGAAAAUAUUUUUGAAAAAUUCUUUUGCAUAUCUUGCAAAAUUUUUAAAAAAUGUUCAGGUGCAACAGUUUGUAAAUUUAGAAAUAAAUGUUAAAAUCGAAAAAACAUCAGUCCCGAAAUAACGACUAUAUUUUUCAUAUCGUAUUCUAUAUACAUAUCGUCACCUAAAAUAUGAAACAAUGUAUUAUCAAAAAAUUCGAAAUUGAGUUUUUUAUUGAUUACAAUUUAGUACAUCAUAUUACAUGUAUGUAAAAAAUUUUAAGCUGCUCUAUCACAUAUAACCAAGUUAUAACUACAAGUAGUAUUAGAUAUUUUUUUAAUAUAAAUAUUUUUAUUUUAUAUCGUUUUUGUCCUCUACUAUUAACUUACAAAAAGUCAUGAUACGCUUUUUUAGCUUUUAGAAUACGAUAUGUAAAUUUAUAUUUUUGAAUUUCUUUUAGUUCUUGCAAUAUUUCUGGAAUACUCAAUGUAUUGGUUGUGCACAUGUUUGCCUUUCCAAAAACUUCGGUUAAAUUCAAUGAAUUAGAGUAGGACAUGUUUUCUGGGGAAAGGGCGUAAUGUGUUCACUCUUAAGAAUAAUUUCAAAACAAAAAUUUUGAUAAUAUAUUUUUUUUAAUUUUCAAAAGUUUAACUUAAAAAAAAAAUAUAAAAAAUAUUGAAAAAUUUUCAAAAGUUUAACACUUAAAAAAAAUGUUGACACAAUUUUUAAAUUUUUUCUGUAUACAUAUUUUCGAAAGCCUACUACUUUUUAACGAAAUAAUGUUAGAGGAGAUUUUUCUUAAAGUUUUUGAUAAAUUUUAUUAGAUACAGUGAGGAACAAAUAAUAUCAAAAGUAUAUUGUCAUGGACUAUCCUUGGUAUUAUGCGGCUUUUCAUAUGCUACAGAACUUCAAAACUCUGGUACAUUCAUUAGAUACCGACAAACAACUCAGAAUAUCCAUUUCUCUUUAAAAUUGAAACUUUAAAAACGAUUUUCGAUUUUAUAAAUCACCAGCUGACAUUUGAACAUGAAACAGGGAAUAAAAACAGAAUACAAUCAAGACAAAUAGCCCAAACAAUAUACAACAAUAACAUAUAUUUAACAACAAAAUCACAGAAAUACAUUUAUAACAAAUAUUGACAGCUAAAAGCCAAAUAACAAGCUCAACAACAACAAAAGCUCAACAACAACAACUUAAAUGUUAACUAUCAGCGAACGUAGCCAAUGUUGUGAAUAGCCAAAGUGGGCGUCCAAACAGGCGACCAACAUGAUUUACAGCAUCACGGUCAUGGUCACACGACUGACAGUUAUACACCGGAAUGUCAGAUACAUACAUACAUACACACAUACAUAUCAUACAUAUAUAUUUAUAAAUAUGUACAAUAAAUGGAGCAGUGGCACGUAUGCUUGCGUUGCGUUAUGAGCUAUGCGGCAACGACUUGAAAUGCCAUGAAAUUCACGCCGAAAUUCGAGAAAUCGAGUGCAGCGGCAGCACGCAACCAGCGUUUACCGAUUUCUGAUAGCGGAAAAUUUGGAGCACCCGCUUUUGGCAUGUAGCAGAGACUGCGCUGAAUAACUUGACGCGCUUGGUAUGGUUUGACUGGUUUAACAUGGCUUUGCAGCUACAACAAAAGUCACUUGGAUUUUUGGAAUUUCUGCUGUGUUGUGUGUUGUUGUUGCUGUUGUUCGAAACAUGCACGGUUGCAUGCGCGACCACCGAAAGCGUUUAUUGGCAUCUUAAUUUACCAGCUUUUUAACAUAUUUGGGUUUAAAUUGUUGUUACUUGUUACAAUUUGACUCUAGUUGUUGGUGUUUUUGUUAUUUUUAAAAAUGCAUCACUUAAGACGUAUUGUUGCACACAAUGAAAAUGAUUUGUUGCCACGAUUUUCGGUGUUUAUAACACAUUAUUUGUUGCGUGGGGUGUGUUGAUAGGGUUGCCAUAGUUCAAAAAUUUUGUUAACGAUUUUAUUGUUUAAGGAAACAAAACGCAAAUAAUUCGAGAAUAUUGUAGAAUCUAAAAUAUAAAUUUUAAAUAGUUAAAUUCUAUGUUUUCCAUAUUAAGACUGCGUUAAAAAUUUGAGGUUAGAGUUGAUCAGUCAUGACUGCCACUGGACUGGAAUGGCACUGCAAACGAAUAAAGCUCAAAUAUUUCGAGAAUAUUGUAUAAUAUCUAAUAUAUAUAUCUCUAGGAAGCUAAAUUCCAUGUUUCUAUGUUUUUCACCAUGAGAAUGAAUUAAAAAUAUUAGGUUAGGCUUGUUCAGCCAUGUCUCAAACUUGUAUAAAACGUUUGCUAAAGUGUUUUUGUAAUGGUUUGAAUGUCAUUCAAAAUUUGUUUGUCAUUGUUUGAUUCCAAAAAUUUCUUAAUCAUUUUCGUAAUGUAAACAUUUUUUUUAAGUAAUAAGCUGCCUGAAAACCGGAAAUUAGAAAACUCUUUCCCUUACAAGGAGAGUUAAAACCAAAUUUUCUACCAAAUAUAUCGUUUUGAAGUUCAUGGUGGGUUCGAGAGCGAAAUCUAUUGUUAGUACAAGUUCAAUGGCACAAAUAAUCAAGUCUCGAUAAGCUCAACGUAGCUGGAUUUAUAUGUAUAAGGUCUCUAAAUACAUCUAUACUUUUAAGCAUGCUGCUCUUCGAAAAGCUCUUGAACAGUGCUGCCAAUUUACUUUAGUUAUCCCAGUUGCUUAUUCGUUUCGCUACUCUCUUAGUAUUAAAAAUAGCGCAUGUUGCAUGAAAAGUAAUAUAUUUUCAAAUAAAAUAUAACUUUUGUGAUUUCAUAAUAUUUAUUAGAGGAGGUUUCGUAUUUGGAAUUUGGCAGAUGCUGCCAGCCUCUUCAAUUAUUUUAAACGAUAUAUGCUGCUAUUAAUAAGCUUUCGAGGAUAUUGCUGUCAACUCAGUAACCAACAAAUAUUAGCGGAAUUCAAAAAACCAGUCAGCUAUGCCCUCAGUAGAGGAAAUAUAUUUUUUUGAACUAAAAAUAAGAAAAUUUAGUUCACUGAAGUUGAACAAUAUCUUAAAAACAAUCAAAGUUAAAAAAAGUGAUGCACAAUAGUCAUUUUGCCAACCUGUCGUUCAAUAUUAAUUUCUGAAAUGUCCAUGAACUCUAUAAAAUGAUUAUAACCAAUCAAAUAAGUAAAAGUUAUAAAUUUCACAGAAUAGUUAUCGAAAUUUUUUUCCUUGUAAUGGCAACCUAGUUCUCUCAAGUUUCUCUACAACAUAUUUAUCUCCAUCAAACAUUACACACAUUCAGCUACGAAUCAUUAUUAAAAUAUUUGAAGUGGAGUUAUACAAUGAGCGCGAAUUCGAUAUGCGACAAUUAACAUAAUUUAUGUUUCAAUUGUGUAGAUUUGACAAUCUCUUCGACAGUUGUGGCAACUGUAGCGCUUUGUGCUGCAACAAAUGCAUUAAUAACAAUUCAGGUUAUAAGUUAUUGUCAAGUGUCGAAUUGUUAUAUGUUUUCUUUAUACUUUUGUAAUGAGGCACCAGUUGUAAUAAGAGUUUAUCUAAUACUAUCAUCUAGCAUUGUCGACAAAAUGUCAAAGUUAUGCAAAGGUGUGUUUAAGAUAUGCGCCAUUUUUAUAAGUGUGUUAAUUAGAUGCCAAUGCGCAAAUAAAAAAUAGAUUUACGUUUUACAACACAAGUUAACUGCGUGUUGCAUAACUCAAAGCAGUUUUAAUUUGAUAUUUGAAUGAAAUAGAUCGACAUUAAUGUCAAUUUUGACAUAUUUCAAACGCUUGCAAUUCAAUCUGAGUUGAGUUCAGUGAAUAUAUUGAGUGGAGAGUUAUGCAUAAACUAACACAUAUUUAUGGUAUAUGGUAACAAAUAUAAGUUAAUGAAAAUUAUUUACAAUUUGUGUAGUUUAAGUAGUUGUGGAACUCAAAAUAGAUAUUGAGACACUGGCAUAAUUAGCUUUUAGAUAAUUUAUAAAAAAUAAUCACCGAAAAAUUAACUAAAGUCUUUUCGACACCAAUAAACACAGAUUAUAUGAAAUUGAGUACCAAUCAAAGUUAAAGUUUUUAAGAAAAUAUGAGAAUGAGCUUCUAGAGAAACAUGCUUGCAAAAGUUGUUGACUUUAUCUUACGCAUACCUUUGCAGCAUGUCAUUAUAUUUGCAUAACUUCAUUCAAAUCGUUCAAGGAAAACCCAACCUACAACUAGGAAUUCUGCGUUGAAACCGAACUAGUUAAACAUUUUUUGGAUCUAUUUUCAAAAGUUUGCUCAGAGAAAGUGAGAGAGUAAGUUAUUAAAAUAAUGAGGCUAGGAACAACAUGGAAUAUAACACUGAUACCGAGACAUCCUUGAAUAAAAAAUCCGAAAAAAAAAAAAAAAUUUUAUUCCAUUUGAGUAGUGGUCUUGCAGUAUAUUCUAACUAUAAUAGUAUGUUUUAUGAGCUUGUAAAUAUACUAGUAUAUAAUAUACUGGGUACAUACACACACAUAUACAUUUGUAUAAACAAGCACCGGCAAAAUUUACAUUAAAUUUUGCAAUUUAUUAAAUGUAAUUAUAGAAUUUAGUUGCCAUUUAAAACAGAGAAACGUAUUUAUUACAAACAACAACAACAACAAAAACAAAUGUGAAAAAUAUAAAAGCAAAAAAAAAAAUUGUAAAAAAAAACUACAAAUGAACAAAAUUAAAAAUGCAUUAAGUUAAAUUCGCUACCGUUAUUUCCUGCCGACGCGCACAGUUGUUGUUGACACCGGCUUGAGUUGCAACAUUUCGUGUACGCGCUAUUCCACCUGUCAGCGACAUAUACGACGGCAAACAUACAGCUGCAUAUGUGUGUGUGUGUAUGGGUGCGUAGUGGAACAUAAAUUUAUGCAACAAAUCGAGCACUCACGCACACAAAUACAUGUUUGUUACCAAUUUAUUGUGCAUACAGUUAUUAAUAAGUGCCGUGAAAACAACAAAAAAACGCAAAAAACAACAAUAAAGGUCAACAAAAAAUCCAUUGUAACACGAAAAAUCGUGUUACUCAUCGGCGGCUCGUCGGCACUCGGUGCGAUUUUUAUUCGAUUUAUUAACGUUAAAUGUAUUUUUUGUUGUUGUUGUAAGAGUAUUUGUGGUUAAUGUGGCCACUCGUUGGGAAUAUGCCAUUUGCACGCUUUUUUCAAGUGUUCUCGUACAUGUAUGUAUGUAUGUAUGUACAUAUGUAUUUUUCACCAUAUAAAUGUAUGUGUGUGCCUGUCUGACAGCUGCUGAUGUGACAGUUGGGGCUGCGUAAAUGAAAUUAAUAACUUUAACUGACAGCAGACAAUGCCUCACAGUUGCCAGAUCAAAUGUUGUACUCGCAUGUUGUUCGUCAUAUACAUACAUAUGUAUGUAUGAGUGGGUGUCUGUGUGUGAAUGCAAUUUGCCAGUGUCACAACGUCGAGAUUUAUUACAAUUCAAUUUUCAAGUAACUUCCUGUUAUGAGAUCGAAUGGUCCUUGUUUUCAUUUAUAAAGAAAUAGCAUUUUCAAGCAUUAAUCGGUUCUAGUUGCUUUUGGCUUUAUGUCUCAAAAGUAAUCCAGAAUGCUAAAUUCGAUAUUUAUAAUGAACUUUCUCUUAAUUUAAGAAUGUGAACUAUAUGUUCUACAUAUUUUAGUGAAUAUCCGUACUUACAUAUUUGCGGACUUACUGAUUUUUUUUUAAUAUAUAGGAAUCACUGACCCUAGGUAGACUACAAUCUUUAAAUAAUGAUCAAAAUGCAAUCUUAGGACUAGACAAAGUUCAUAAAUUUAUCAAAUUUUAACACUAAUUCAUACAUCAUGUAGUAUACUUUUAGGGUUUGCGAUGUAUAAAUUUUAAAAAAUGCGACAAAACUACAGGCAGGGAGAAAAACAUAUUUAAAAUAUAGAAAUUUUCGGAAAUAAUAGUAAAAGCAUUUCGAAAUAUUUUCUUUUAAGGAAAACUUUGCUUCAUCAGAAUUGAAAAUACACAUUUAUUAAUUCGAAAUGACAAGUUCAGGCUUCUCGUACACAAAACUGAAGCUGACAAAUUUACCUAAUGAAUUCUAGUCUACUUCACUAUUGAAAGAACAGUUUAAAUUCUAUUCCGUUUUUAGUGAAAUGUAAAAUGACUAAAAUUUUGUAAUUUAAUGUGGCUUUAAUAUGCCUUAAAUUACUGUAAAACGAACAUACAGGAUGUACCAUCAAUCAAGUCACGCUUUUUUAGCCACAGUAAGAAGAGCGUUUAUUUCGCGGGGUUCAAUUACUUAUUCGUAAUUUUUCGGCGUUGUAUUCGGCAGCGUUCAUUUCAAUACAAAUCCUUGCCUUGAGUUUGGCAAUGAAACGAGUGUUGCUUGCGUAUGCUUAGAUUUUUAAAUAAUCUCAGAAAAAUUAGUCAGAAGUAGUAAAAUCAGGAAAUUUAUGUGGUUAGUGAUUGUCAUCUAUUUUUGGUCACAGUGUGGUCCUUCUGAGGCUAAAAUUUGGAGCACGGAGCUAUUAUGACUCUUGUGAAUUCUGAAAACACUAUCUCCCGUAGCUUCGUCGGUUUAUUCGAGCGUUCAACUGUAUAUUAAUGAUCUCUCAUCUACUUCAAACUACUAAUACAAACUAACGGUGCCUGUUGGCCACAAGAUGUUCGACGAAUUCUCGAACAAAAAUUUGCAAAUAAUUCGCUACUAUUUGGAGUUUAAGUAGAAACCAAAAUUUAUGCUCAAUAUUGUAUGUGUUGAGGCUUCCUAAACAUAACGAACCAAUUUAGUCUGCUAAAAAUACUAAGAAUAUAAAUAUUAAAUACUAGCAUUCAUAUCAGCCUUGAAUAUGAGGCAAUUAAUUUUGAUAAAGGUUAGUACUAAGGUACAUAUAUAAAAAAAUUUCAAAAGCUGCAUCUAAUUUUUUUUUUAAUAAAAAAACACCUAUUGUGACGUAACUAUAAUAGUUAGACAUAUGCGCCAUUUUUUGUAGAUAAUUAUAUGUUCUUCAAAGUCCUAGUAAGUAAAUUUAUAGGUCAUAUUUUACGCUAUGGGUUACAUUGUUGGCGUUUAUGUAAGUAUCACUAACUUUUUUAAAAAUAUAAUACAGCCUUUGUUCACCGGAGAGGGUGCAGCUUCCCAACGGUGAAAGAAAUUCUCAAAUCUUUAAAGUAGUUUCGACGCCCAUCCAAUUCAAACAAACAAACUGUCAAAUAUUAUUAUAUAAUAUUAGUAUAGAUUUAUUCGCUGUUUACAAGACAAUUUAAAUGAUGGCCCACUCUGUAUUUUUUCAUAUUUAAAUAAAAUAAUAUUGAAAAAAAUGUAUAAUAGCACAGCCAUUUUUUAUCGAUGUAAAUUUUAAACCACCAUUUCGCAGCACUAAUAUCUAAUGACUUCGCAUAAUGGGCCGCUAUUUUUUCGUUAAGCACACGCUUAUAGCUGUAAAAAUGUAAUUCAUAGCUUAGCAACUUUGAUGGCAAAAUGGAUAUUUUUUUAUAAAUGGAAAGUAGAAAACCCAUUUAAAUGAAAUGACUGGAAAAAUUACUAUUAAAGUUUUAUAAAUAAAGAGCGCUAUUAAAUUUAUGGCGUUUGAAUUCAAUUUAUUUCAUACACAAAAAUAAUAAAUUUUUUCUGUAAUUUCGCUUAGUUUUUUUAGUAACCUAGCUCAUUUGCACUAAUUUCAAUGUGUUUAUUUUCUUUCAUGUUGAUUUAUUAAAUUCAAUAAUUUUGUUUUUGUUUUUCUUUAAUUUAUUGAGUUGGCUGCGUGUUGAAUUAAAAGUUUUAAAUUAAUUUGCUGCGUUUCUAAUUAGUGGUCAAUUCCAAAUGAGUUAUUUACAUUAUAUAUAUAUGUGUGUGUGUGUGUGUAAUACCGUUACAAAUUGAGUUUAUAAACUAACAAAUAGUGUAUUGAAAAUACGGAAAAAAAUAUAUAAAAAAAUAACAAAAUAAAACUAAUAACAUAUAUAAACCAGCAAACGAAAUAGCGUGGAAAUAUCGAUAAAGAGAAGAGAGAGUAGACAAAAAUGUGUAGAGACUCAUUAAAAACACAAACAAACAAAAAAUAAGCAAAAAACGAAACACAAAUCCAUAACUGACAUGUAACUUCCGUUUCCGUUAAAACAACAGUAACACGAAUAUGUUAUUUAGUAGUUAUGUAAUGAAUAUAUUUUAAUUAAAAUAAUUGCAAUUAAAUGCAGUAGUGAAAAGAAGUGGACCGAAUGAGUAGAGGGACAGUAGAGCAGAGAUAACUAUAAUGGAAAAAAGCGAUCAGAGAGAAAUAAAAGGAGUAAAGAGAGCAGAAGAGCGAGCUAAGAAAUUGAAAUCAAAUAAUAGAACUAGUUGCAUUGUAAAAGCAGCACUGUCGAGUAAAAUUCUGAAAUUUUAGAAAUCUUAUUUUUUCGUGAACAAAAAAGCAAAAAAAAAAGUUUUUUUCGGAUGUUUUAAAAAUGAGAAGCUUACUUUUAUUAAAUUUGUAACAGAAAUAAAUAUAUAUUUAUACACAUAUAUUUCAAAAAUUACAUUUUCCGGUAUUAUUUUAUAUACCUUUUUAAUACUUAAUAAUUUAAAUUUUUUAUGCAUAAUUUUUGUUUUAAAAAUAGUAUACAAUACAAUGAUUUAAUAAGAUUUAUGUGCUGAAAAAAUUGUAUAGUCAAUAUGUUUUUGUUAAAGUUUUUUAAAUUAACAAAGCCUAUUUUAGAUACAAUCAUUUUUUUUUGAAAAACUUUAAACAAAAAAAUGCGUGAAAAAUUGUAUAUUCAACAGUUGUUUGCAAAAAAUAUUUAUUAUUAUUUUUUGUUUUUUUUUUUGCCAGAUUCUAUAAAAUUUAAUUAUAUUUUUUCAAUAGUUAGUUUAUGU